AUGGCCAAGCAAAAGACCGCGCCCGUCGCCUCAUCAGCACAAGCCAGCGAUGGCGGCGCCUCGACAGGCCAGCAGCAGCAGCAGGCCGGAAGCGGCCGCCCGGCGACGCAGCUCGAGCAGCUGGCCGGGCUUCUCGUGCCCCCGGCCUGGGCUCGCCGGAUCAUCUUCGUCGCCGUCAUCAUCUACCUCACGCCGAUGCUUCUCGCCCACUGGGUCGACACGUCAACAAGGAUCAUUAGGUUCAUCCAGUCAUUCACGUCGGGCAGAUGA